GGUAGAGACGGGUAUAAAACGGUUUUGUGAUUGCGAGGCCAAACCGACCAAAACACAGCGACCAUGAUAUUUAUGUCAGUGUGAACGGAGAGUUUGACGCGUCAGCAGCGAGUCUUGCGUUAUUCUCAAUGAGAUGAGUCGCAGAACGCCAGCUGUCCCAGAGACUCACAUCCAGAUAAUGAGUUGACAUACACAUACCAGCUACCGGACACCGCUACAGCUGGGUGUGCGCCGUUAUUCCUGCUCAUUUCCAUGGACAAAAUGAUGCUUUUUGCAGAAAGGAUAGACAGAUAGUGACUGCAUUGUUUGUUUCUACUCAGUCAAUUAUAUUUUAUAAUAACUCAUUUUAGCUCACUGAUACCGUUUUUUAUGAAAAGAUGAACUCGAUGUUGUUUGGGGAAGGUUUUUUGGGCGGUAUGGUGAGCGGUGCGCCACCGGACGCGGUACCGAGAGCGCUGCGCAACGACCUGGGCUCCAACAUCCACGUGCUCAAGACCCUCAACCUGCGGUUCCGCUGCUUCCUCGCCAAAGUUCAUGAGCUGGAGAGAAGGAACAAACUCUUGGAGAGCCAACUGAAGCAGGUCUCGGACAAGCCGAGGUAUCCGGGCUACUCCUUUACGCGAGAGGUGGCGGUCCAGACGGACUCACUGGAAUCGCGACUUCCAGGCAACAUCUGGAGUUUUAGGCAUAUUUUGAGACAGGGUGAGUGCGUGAAGACCGUGCAGGGGCCCGGAGUCACCUGGACCCAUCCGGAUGGGGUAGGAGUCCAAAUUGACACCAUCACCCCAGAACUAAGAGCCAUAUAUAAUGUUCUGGCCAAAGUCAAACGGGAGAGGGAUGAGUACAGGAGAAAAUGGGAGGAGGAGCUGUCGAGAAGAGAACAGAUGGAGUCAAUGGUACAGACGCAGCAGGAGAACAUCCAGGAGUCUGAAGUGAUUCAGGACGAGUUGAACGAGAAGGUAGAAAGAUUGAAAGCUGAACUGGUGGUCUUCAAGAGUCUCAUGGGUGAUCAAAUGUCCGACCUGGACUCAAAGAUUCAGGAGAAGGCCAUGAAGGUGGACAUGGACAUCUGCAGGAGGAUUGACAUCACAGCCAAACUGUGUGACGUAGCUCAGCAGCGGAACUCAGAAGACAUGUCCAUGAUGUUCAAUGUCAGUCCAUCCAGAGUGCCAGCAGACAGAACGGCUGUGGUGUGCAGAAAGAAGGAAAAGAAACCGUUAUCUGAUGAGGAAUGCUCUGAGAUGGAUGCAGAUCCCAGCACCUCAGAAGAUGACGUCCCCUUUAACAUCACAGAUGAGAUGAAACGCAUGAUCAACCAGCUACAUUGUUCAGAUAACUCAUUUGUUGCUAGGCGGGAGACAUUCGACAUCGAUGAUGAUGACUGUGACAGUUUGACGUGGGAAGAGAAUGACGAUACGCUGUUGCUAUGGGAGGAUUUCACAAACUACAACGUUCCCUGUGCACUUAACAACAACGGUGCUUUAGACUGCAACGGGGACGCAAACGAUCCUAGCUAUCAGGAUGGCAGUCUGGGGAGUCUUAUAGAUGAGACAGAAUCUCUUUUCAAGACCAGAGAGCAGGAAUACCAGGAGACAAUCGGACAAAUUGAGAAUGAGUUGGCCACAGCCAAGAGUGACAUGAAUAGGCACUUGCAUGAGUAUAUGGAGAUGUGCAGUAUGAAACGAGGACUGGACGUUCAGAUGGAGACGUGCAGGAGAAUGAUAAAAGGCGGCAGAAAUUCUCCUUCCUUCAGCUCCACCGCGAGCAGUGACUCAGGGAACACUGACGAGAUAAAAGAAGAGUCAGACAAGGACGGAGAGAUGGAUGAGCCAAUCAGCUGAUACCUGCCUAGCCUGACCCCGCCUCUCUUUUCCCCACUGUGCUCCAAUCAGCUCUCGGGCCUCACAGCAUUCGAUCAAUGAUAUUCAGCGGUUCCUGUCCAUUGAAAUCUAAGGGACAGGGCCCAAAAACACUCCCAUAAACUGAAAAUCCUGUAGGUGCUCUAAUGUCUCUGUGUCAGACUGAUGAGGAUCAUGAGGGUUGUUUUUGUGCUUCAUGUGUGCUAGACAGUGAUACUGAUGUGCUACAAGGUGCCACCGCUGUGCAGUGCUCAAUGUUAAUCUCACAGGGCAGCGUAACUAUGAAUCAAAACUAUCCCAACCAUCAUCGACAACACACAUCACAGGGGACACUAGAGUCACCUUCAGAGAGCACCUUAGGGGACAGGGAAGGAAUUGAAUGUAUUUUCUGAAAUAGUUUUGCUAUUCUUUACAAUAGUUUGCGUUCCCUCACAAUACAUUUUGACUUCCCUCGCAAUAUGUUUUGCGUUCCCUCUAAAUAGUUUGUGUUCCCUUUCAAAAAGUUUUUAGUUCCCUCGAAAUUGUUUGCGUUCUCUUACAAUACAUUUAGCAUUUUUUCACAAUAGUUUGCGUUCCCUUACAAUACGUUUUGACUUCCCUCACAAUGAGUUUUUCAUUCUCUCACAUUAAGUUUUGAGUUCCCCUGCAAUAGUUUGGGUUCCCUCUCAAUAAGUUUUGUGUUUGCGUUUUACUACAGAAACUAUAGUUGAACUAUUGUUGUUGUAUUUGUAAUAAAAUCAUAAUAACCACAAAAUUGAGCAAGAUUGUAUUACAGUGACCAUAUUUUAACCACGAUAUUGAUGGUAAAACCAGAGUAAUAAUACAGACAAAAUCUGUAAAUCUUAAAGGCAACAGACACCCUUAAAGAAUGACUAUUUAAAACCGAGACAUGGGCCAGCUCCCCCCCCCCCAGACAUCAAUUGACGCUAUGAACUGCCAACUAUCCGGUGUUGUAUAUUCAGUGUGUACGCUGGCAUUACUACAACACCAUUGCCACGCCAUUCAUAAAGGGAGCGUGGGAUCGGUAUCUACUGUAACCACUCUCGCAAACAGGACUACUGUAAACCCAGACACAGUCACAUCGUUGGGUUUUUCCUGCAUUAUUACUAUGGUUUUACUUGAUCUAUAGUUACUGUAGUAAAACCAUGGUUCAUUUUCAUCAGGGAAGGAUACAGCUAUUGCGAGGAAACCCAAAACAACUGAUAGGAAACACCAAACUAUUGUGCGGGAACGCAACUAUUUCAGAAGAUAAAUUCCCUCCCUGUCCUCUAAGGCAGUGGUUCUUAACCAGGUGGUCAGGACCCGCUAAGGGCCUCAGCACACUUCCAGGGAGGCCUCAAGAUCCCUUAAAAGUAUUUUAAAUAAGGGAGAUUAUUAUAAUUUUGUAUAUAAUUAUUAUAAUUCAACUUACUGAAAAUGCAAAAAAAGAAAGAAAAAGUAAUAACUCUCUUUUACAUCUUAAUUUGUAAGAAGAACAUACAGUCCUAGACAUUUCUGGAAUCACAAAAUGUAUAAUGAUUAAUUGUUUUAAUCUAUUUACGCUUGUAGUUUUUACAUAAAAAAAAACUUUGAAAACAAGCUUUGUCAUUACAGUAGAAGUAUCUGAGGAAAUAUCUUAUAAUAGAUGUAUCUUACAAUAUGAAUAUCUAAUAGCCCACAUUGGGGGCCUUCGAAUAUUUUCUCCGACAAUGAGGGGCCUUGGAGUGAAAAAGGUUGAGAACUGCUGCUCUAAGGGGCUCCGUGAGGACCAAAUGACCAUCCGUUUAAAGUGUUUAUUUAUAGCAGUCAAACUAGCUAAGACUAAUCAUCUGGACAAUUCGUACAUAGCUCGUAAAAUUGAGACAGUCCUGAAAUUAUCAGGGCGUCUGGUCACCCUAGCAUACACAUAUCAAAUUUUGUCAAACACAAACCUCCAUAUUUUCCAGAAAGCAAAAAAUAAAUAAAUAAAAAAGAAAUGUUUAUUUUAUGUUAUUUGAGUGAAACACAAGAUUGAAAUCUUAUUCUAUCAGAUACGUUUUUAAUGUGUUAGACCAAAUACUGACUUAAAUCCCUUUUUUCUCUCUUUUUAUAAAAUGAUUUAAAACAUCAGCUGCUUUCUGCUGUAGCGUUUUUGCCUUUUUAAGCCUCUCGUUAUAAACGCAAACCCAGAUAUGAAUGUGGAACACAACAAGUGAUACGCAAGCUCUAUGCAAUCAGUCGGCCUUAUUUCAAAACUCUGUGACCUGUUUGUUGAUUGCCUUAGUUUCAUAUGUUAUGUAUUCCUGUGUUUUAAAGUAAUGAUGAGGCACAAUAGUUAUGCACUUAAUGGCAAAUCUGUGGAACAGUGUCCCAUCCUUUUGAGUGGCUCCCAAUGAUGUUUAAACCAUUUUCAUGGGUUACACAUGUCAAUAUCCCAAAUUUUAAAGAGUUAUAUGUGCCUAUAUACAUUGCAAGCUCAUUUUGGAUGGCCUUACUGUAUUUUUACUGCUUUUUAAACUUGCACUCAAGAACAAUAGCUUGGAUUUUGAUGAGACAGUAUGAGAACUUUCUUGAUCACUGAUCUGUAUAGUUUCUGUUGGAAGAGUUUUUAGGUGGAGGUUUUGUUUAUGUGUUGGGUGUUCCUGAAACUCAAUAUAAAUUAUAGGUAUGCAUCUAGAUACACAUUUUUUUACCCUAAAACUUAGUGAGCUGCUUACAGCAGCGGCAUUUUAGACAUCAUAGGCACAUUCUCGACACAAAGGUUGUUCCGAAAAGCAACAUCUUAAUUAUGUUGCCUCAUAAGGGACCUUGCUUAAGCCAAAGUGUAAGGCACCACUGCAUCCCAGAUAGCACACGUGCAGUUUAAGAGCAUUUCAUAUGAAAUCAUCACAUUCUAAUUAACAUCUGCUAAACAUCUUAAAAAGAUCAGAUUUACAAACAUUAUAAAUCAUAAACGUCUCAAAGACAUCUGCUGAAUGUCUUAUUGACGUCCGAGAGGAAACGUCUCGUAGGUGUAUUGCAGAUGAGCAAAUAACCAAAACUAUACGUCUUCCAGAUGUAAACACAGACAUCAAACAGAUGUCUGGGUGAUGUAAUUGUGCUAUCAGGGUUAGCAUUCUUCAUCAUAAAUGUCUCAAAGACAUCUGCUGAAUGUCUUAUUGACAUCUGAGAGGACAUCUCUUAAAGGUGUGUUGUAGAUGAGCAAACAACCAAAACAAUAUGUCUUCCAGUUGUAAACACAGACAUCAAAUGGACGUCUAGGUGAUGUACAUGUGCUAUCAGGGUAUUCAUAAACGUCUCAAAGACAUCCGAGAGGAAACUCCAUUAGAGUCAGCAUUUUGCUAAGCUAACAUCACACUUGUGAUUUGCAAUUUGUGUGGAAAGCGAAGUGACUACUUUAUUCCGACUCGUCGUGUCAAAAGCACAUCGCUCCCAGUGUAAUCAAUGAAGCCGUCAACACUAGAUGCGACCGUCGCUCUGGACAUCCCGUUCUGUUUCUGAUGCUCUGCGUCGACAUCAGUCGCAUCCGGGUGUUAAAAGUGUAGAAGGUCGGUGUAGAAGGUAGCUGCCUAUGUAGGCUGUUAGUCAGCUAACUGGGUUUUGGAACACAAUGCUAUCAAUUGAAUAAAUGUAUGCAGAGAUAAAGUACAAAAUAGUAGGAUAGACUGGACUGGAAUGUGACAAGUUGCAUUGUUAGCCCAAUAUGGUGAGCAGGGGGCACUGUUCCAUACAGAUUGGAGGGCUGUUUACUUGGACGUAUCUAUAUAUAGGACUUGUGUUGGUAUGCUCAACCUAUGUGGCCUUUGUGUUUGUCUUGCUUGGUGUCAUUUGGCUAUUUCUAUUUUGAGUUUUUAUGCUGUAUGUUCUUGGGUCAAAAAAUAUUUUGUUUAUAUAUAUUAUUUUAAUCAUAUUAAUCAGAUGUGUGGGGAAAUUUGAAGGGAUUAGUGAUUGGUGAUUUCAUUAUAAACUCAAAAUAUGAUAUCAGAGGGCUUUAUAUAUCAGAUAAGGUGGUGGGCAUGAAACAUGUUCAGAAUUAUUAUUGUUUAUUUUAGAGCUAAUAGUCACUCACAAUGACGAUUUCAUAUAAAUGAAGUCAUCAGGAGAUCAUAUCAAAUUGGUAUUUCGCUUGUGGAUAUGAAAUGUAUUAGUUUUCCUAAUGUACAAAAAUAAAAUCAUUUUAAUUUUAUUUUACAUUAUAUAUAUAUUAUUCAGGGUAGUCAGGGCUUAUAUGGAUGCUUUCCCCUGGAAAAUUAUUUCCAGAUGUAAUAAUGUUUGUUGUUUAUUGAAAAAGAAUCAAGCUACUUUUCUUUGUCCUCUUUGAAUCUGAACCCACAACAUGUGUCACAUGUUUCAUCUCAAGAUACAUUUUAUAAUUUUGGAACAAAUACAUGAAAAAAAGGCACAGCAGUGUACAGUAGGAAGAUGUGAGUUCACCGCAAGAUAACAUUAUACAUGCCGCAAAAAAGCUGAAUGUCACACAAAACCACGCUUAACCCCAAAUCCUAAAAUGGAAAAGUGCAUAGCACAUCACAUGCUUUCCAAUUUAAUUCAGUUGUGCAUUUGAAAGAACAAAAUGGGGCAAGUGACACUGCUGUCAUAUUUUUGGUCAUUUUAAAACACAAAAUGGCAAGGGCAGAUUUCUAUAAAACAUGCAGCUGCAUUCAUGGAGUCAUUAAUAGUAUCAUGCGUGUACAAGUUUGUCUGUGAACAUAAAUACAUUGUAUUAGCUUAACACAUUAAGAUGCCUUUAUAACUGAAUGUACAAAAUCACAGAUGAGCUGUAGAGAAUGUAAUUUUCCUGCUCCAUUGGGUCACACAUCAGCAUUUCUAACGCAACAGAAUUUCAGUUGACAUCCUUCUUAAUCAUGAUGCAUUAUUGAACGCUUUUAUUUUAAACUUAAUUUGGACAAAGGUCGGGUUUUGCCCAAAUGCCAAGCUGACUACAUAAUGCACUGCACAAUUAAAAAAAUAUUUUUGAAUUCAUGAAUGUUUAGUAUUGAGUUUCUAUUGAAGUCCAUUAGACCCCCUAACAUCAAAUGACACUUAAAUAAUUCAUUAAACCAGCAUCAGCCAGUCUUACAGAAAGCCUACAUUUAAUUUCUGAGUAUUAAAGUUAGGUGGACUGUAUCCUUCUCAUAUCCUCAGUCUCGGUUUUAUUUUGGCUAUUAUAAUAUAAUUGUUUUGUUAUUUGGAAAUAUAAUUAAACAUUAGAUUUAUAUUUGGUCUUUGUUUAAACGUUUGUUUAUGCUUCAUAUGAGUAUACCUUUGAAUUUGGUGUGUAAGCUCUUGGUGUAUGUUUCAAAAUAAUAAAUGUAAUUGGUGCUGGGGUCAAAAACAAUAAAAAUUAUUUGUUCU